AUGGCUGCAUCCGGUGAAUUCAUUGGCACGAUAGCUUUUCUCCUGGUCGGACUCGGGGGAAUCCAGGCAGCCGCAGCUUCCAACCAAGCCGGAUUACCUACACUUGCUUCAACUUCCACGGUGCCUAACAUUCAGGUUCGAUUCCUUGAUAAUUUUCACAUGUUAAAGUCAGCGGCUCUAGCGCUUCUGCUGACUGGUGUCAUUACACCCACGCGUUUUAUUCUGUAUGUUGGCGCCCAACUUUCGGCUUCACUGGUCGCGUCAGCACUUUUGAAGCGCCUGUUACCCGGUCCAAUGUCCGUCGUACCAAAUCUUGCGGUAGGAACUAGUGUUGCGCAGGGGAUCCUGAUCGAGGCAUUCAUAACAUGUGCUCUAGUUCUUUCGGUACUCUUUCUGGCGGUUGAAAAACACAAAGCCACUUUUUUGGCGCCCGUAGGGAUAAGUAUUACUUUAUUCGCUUGCCAUCUUUUUGCUGUUGUUUUCACGGGCGCAGCGAUGAACUCGGCAAGAGCUUUUGGACCAGCCGCAGUAACAAACUCUUGGAAGGAUCAUUGGGUUUACUGGGUUGGACCCACAAUAGGCUCCUUACUAGCGAUUACAAUCUACAUAUUUAUGAAAAAAUAUGAAUAUUGGAGACUGAAUGAGGGUCAGGAUACCGACGUUUAUAGCGCAUCUCCUGAGCUCUUCAUUGCGCGGCCAAUCAGCGAGGAAGCCCCCGGGCGUCCAAGGAUUUUCAGAAUGUCUAAAUCCGUCGAGCGCGUCUGGUUCCCGGGCACGAGAAACAACAAAAACCGUUCGCCAUCCGAAGCCUUCACAGUGGACGCGCAUCAGGACGCUCGCCCUCCAGUAUGA